AUGGUGGUGGGAGUGGUGAGAAUGGUGAGAUCUAGAAUGAACAAGGCUUCCAUAUGCAGGAAACCCGGCCGAGGUGCAUACGCACCGGGUGCCACAUAAGACGGGCCUGACGCUCACUGCCUACGUCCGUUGGGGUGAGGGAUUUUUGCCAUUGACAGCUAGCCCAAGUGAGGGGAAUGAAACACACGGCGAUCCUUCGCGAACUAAGCACAGAGGUGGAGCAAGCAUGCAAGGCGCUUUUUUUCCAUCAUGGGUUGCAGUUUGAGCACAGGGAGAAAACGCGUCGCAGAAGCGGGGUUGAAGGACGUUGUUCUCAGACAGUACACAUGGCUGGUCGGAGGAGAGGGAGGUCUCAAAGGUCUCAAGGCACCUCUUCCCAGUGAUUUUCUGCAGGUGCCUGGCUGCCGGUCUGCUGGCACAUCCGCCAGCAAGAAUCAGCACAGCAUGGCAGGUCCCUCCAUGCAGGACCCGGCCCAGGCGCCGGAGCGGAGCGAAGCGAAUGCGACGGCAGCACUGGCAUCGUCGGCAAUCGGUAGCGAGCCAAUGAGGCGGGUGAGAAGGAAGAAGGGGGUGCGAGGUGGCGCCAUUAGCACCGGGGGACCCAGGGGGGGGGCCUGGGUCGGUGAGCACAGGAGAGAAAGAAAUGAGAAAGUUGAAAAAGGAAGAGCAAGGCCGUGGAAGAAAGUGGGAGCCGGAGGAGGUUUAUAUAGGUGUCAGACAGGCCUGAUGACUGUGAUGUCACGGCCCACCGACGCGGCGAGCGGGAGUCUAAGCCCGGAACAGACGACGCCAGACCCGAACGGGCGAGGCCAUGCCCGGAUGGGGAGGGCGCCAGGCCGCAACGGGGCAAGCGCGGCGCGGCGGGCGCGAAGCGGCCAGCUCAACGCAAACCGAAAUUAUACAGUUCUGGUGGGACUCACACCAAGAAAUGUAUGGGACCAGACCAAAUGGGACCAAAUGUGA